CCCUCGCCCCGGCCACCAUGAACACCAACGUGUGCGUGGAGAGCGGCCCCAACCCCGAGGCGCCGGGGCUGCCCAAGGACAGCCACCUGCCCGAGGGGGCCCUCAACAGCCUUGUGGAUUACAACUCGGAGAUGGAGAGGUACCGCUCCUUCGCCACCUUCUACAAGACCAACGGCGGCGCCUUCCCCCAGGCGGCCAAGAUCGCCCGCAUCACCACCCCCAUCUUCCCCAGCGCGGCCGCCGCCGCCGCCGCCCGCAUCGGCAUGUCCCCCUGGAACUGCGACACCGCCACGGCCGCCGCCGCCACCGCCAUGCUCUGGGGCAGCGGCGGCGGCGGCGGCGCGGCGGGCGGCGCGAGGAAGCCCUCCUCCUCCUCCUCCUCCUCCGCUGCCGCCGCCGCCGCCGCCUCCGCGGCCGCCGCCGCCGCCUCCUCGCUGCACGCCGGCAGGGGCGGCAUGCACCACCGGAGCGACUCGCAGCGGCUGGGCAAGCCCGGCUGCCCGCCGGCCGAGCAGCCCGCCCUGCCCAUGGCCAACGGCAACUUCCUCUCCACCCUCGCCCCCGAGCACUGCCGGCCGCUGGCCGGCGAGUGCAUGAACAAGCUUAAGUGCGGCGCCGCCGAAGCCGAGAUCAUGAACCUCCCCGACCGCGUCGGCACCUUCUCGGCCAUCCCGGCGCUGGGCGGCCUCUCCCUGCCCCCCGGGGUCAUCGUCAUGACGGCCCUGCACUCCCCCGCCGCGGCCUCGGCCGCCGUCACAGACAGCGCCUUCCAGAUCGCCAACCUGGCGGACUGCCCGCAGAGCCACGCCUCGGCCUCGCCCGCCUCCGCCCUGGGCGCCGCCGCCGGCGCGGGGGGCGGCGGAGGCGGCGGCGGCGGUGGCGGCGGAGGCGGCGGGGGGGCCGGCGGCACCGGUGGCGGGGCCGGGGCCGGGGCGGGCAACCCCGCCAAGAAGAAGCGGAAACGCUGCGGGGUGUGCGUGCCCUGCAAGCGGCUCAUCAACUGUGGAGUCUGCAGCAGUUGCAGGAACCGCAAAACGGGACACCAGAUCUGCAAAUUUAGGAAAUGUGAAGAGCUUAAGAAAAAACCGGGCACUUCGUUAGAGGUCAGAGGAGAUGAUUUCUUUUUCCCCAGCCUCCCGCCGUCCCUCCUCAACCCCCUGCCCCCGCCCCUCCAGUGCUUCUUGUCUAGCUUCAAGAUGCAGCAUCCCUUCUCCGAGGCCUCCUUCAGGCUCUGAGGGAGCCCCCGCCGCGGGCGCGGCUCCCCGCGGCGCGGCCCCGCCGCCCGCCCCUCUCCGCCCCGCAGGGAAGAGAAACGCCGCCUCCCGCGGCGCCCCGCCGAGCCGGGCCCCGGCCGCUGGCCCCCGGCCCCGGGCCGAGGAGGGACGGCCGGGGGGCGCCGGCCCCCGCCCCGCCAGCUCGUGGCCCUUACGGAACGAAGCUAACCUGGUUUACCUGCCGUGCUGUUUCCAUAAGACUGCUGGCUCUCUGGUUCCGUUUUCUUUUACUUAUUCUUUUUUUCUUAUUUCUCUCUCUACCUUUUUUUUUUUUUUCCCCUUUUUUAAUUAAUGGCAAUCAUGACGAUUCGGGGAGGUUUGUAGGAACGGGGAGGUGGGAAAGGGAAAGUUUUAGCUGAACACCAGGCUCUCGCUGUCAGAAGUUCAGGGAAAGCAAUGGCAAGUUCAUCUCCAGGCUGGCUGGUAGCAGUUUGUCCCAGACAGACAACGGGCCAUGGAUCCCAGUAGUAGGUGAAACGCACCCAAGUGAUCUCUUUGGCAAUGUCUUUUAUAAAAUAACCUGCUUGUGGUGUAUUAAACACAAUGGAAGAAUAGCACAGGUAUGACUGAACUGAUUUCUGACUGAACUGUAUGUGCGAUUAUUUUUACAACGUUUCCUCUGAGCUGACAAUGUAUUGUGUUCCCCAAAGCUGUAACAACAGGUUUUCAGAUUUGCUAGACGUGCGAGAGACAGGCAGAUCCCGUGUCGCAGACAUUUCAGUUAUUGUAUCGGGCGCGACAGACAAUGGGAACCAAAAUACACAACCGUGAGGAAAAUGGCAAUUGGAUGGUAUCAUUAGGGGAAGGAAACAAGUGAGAGGAAAGAGUAGUAAUCAUACUUAAUUCCUUGUCAUUAUUAAAAUUAUAGUGUUGCUGGUUCGACACGCAUCUCAGAUGUGUCUGAAGGUGUCGAGGAUGAUGGAUUUAGUACAGAGGAGUAGUUUGUGGCGGGUGACACCAAGAUUUGUAGUCACAGAAAUCAGCAACUAAGUGAGAAAUUGCAACUUCCCUCUGUUGUGUGUGUGCGCCUGUGUGUGUUUGCAUAGCGGUUUAUUCCCUUGCUCAUUGCUUGCAGGAGCUCUCUCCAAGAAGAGAUGGGAUGAGGGAUUCCAGGGAAAAAGCAACACUUAGAGCCAAUUAAUUUGUUCUGUAUUAAAUAAAUUGAGAUAACAGUGUUGGUAUUGACACUGCCAUGGGACGAAAGCAACAUUUGGGGGUUAACUGACGUUUGGCUGAUAGCAUUAACUCUUUCCUAACCAGCCUCAUCAAAACAACUAAUUAAUUCCUUCUUCCAAGACUGAACUGUCCUUGCUGAAAGUUUCAUUUGUAGCUCUGCAUCCUUUUAGCUCUUUUUUUGUGAAUAGUGACCCAACAUCACUAACACAAAAACCAGGAUGGACUUCCAAGGGGAUAGAAGCUAGACUGGGUUUUCAGCUCUUGUUAUCCUCUAUAAUAUCCCUCUGUUGAUUCUUUAGCAAGUUUGCAACAAGGAUAGUUAAUGCCCUGCUCUGUUAAUGCUGAGUACAGCCUAAAAGAGACUCCCUGAACCAGAGGCGUGGAGAAUUCCCCCCACACGACUCAGCACUGAGAGUGCCUUUGUGUGCCAGGUUCCCUCAUUAGGCUUGCAAACAGGGUGCUGCUGGGAUUUAAUAUUUGUGAUAAAUGAUAGGUCCUGAUGGUUUAUCGAUUUGUGCAGAAAGUGAGCUAUCUCUGGAAGAAACGAAUUUGUACAUUAUCAGAUCUUCCUGUGGGUUUGUGUGCAUCUCUGAGCACGUUUCCAGAACUACCUUGCUCCUGACAAAGGUGUUUGGUAGCGUUAAAAACUUUUCAGGCAUGCUAUGAGAAUUAGCAUCCCGUUAAAAUUGUUUAACCACUGUGACUAGUAAAACCUAUGGUUUAAUUAGCCACUUGUGUGCUCUCAUAACCACCUGCCUCCACCUCUUCUUCAUUCUUUCUUUCCCCCACUUGCUCUCCAUCAGAUACAUAAACACAAAAGCUCCUCUGCUGCUGUACUGUGACUCAAAGGAAACAGGUUUCUCUUUCCAGCUGUGGAGAUGUCAGCAAGGCAUCACUUCUCUGCAGGUCAUGGCCCAUCACAAAGUUUUGUCACAGGAUAUGGCUAAUUUCUUUACAGAAGUGCUGUUUCUCAGGAGGAGAGGAAGAAUAACUGACUUAUAUGGUUGUUUUCCUUAUGUCUUCUUUCUUUAUAAAAAACUUAACCAAUACGGUGACAGGAGGGCUGCCUAGAGCACAGGUGCAGCAUCAGUGCUCUGGCUGUACGGCCACCAGCUGUAAGGGUGUCAGAGGGUGACAGGGCCUCCACGAGGGCCCUGCAGCAGUGGUGUUGGUGUUGGGGGUGGGCAAGGACAGUCUCCCUGCGGAGUGAGUGGCUGGAGGGACUCAUUUGGCCUGUGCUCCUGGGGAAUCCACAGCUCUGUGGGGAUGAUCCCCUGGCACCUCGGUAGGCACGCUUCCAUGGAUAUGUGUCAAGGAUUGAGGGGCUUACAUUCCACUACACACUUAGAUGAUUCUUGACUUGUGCUCAACAGUGGCUGCAAAUUGCGGGGGUGAUUUAUGGCAGGGGGUGGAACCAUGUUUAAAAACAAAUGAAAAAUUAGAAAAAAGCCAAUAAACUGUCAUUUCUUUCCUUUUCCCUUAAAUCUCUUCUACUGGUGCAAUGAAGGCAUAGGAUAUAACUUUCAAGGAUAGGAUAUGGGGUUGAAGACAGAUUCACGUGAAUGCUUUCCAGUUCCUGACCCUUGCAUUUUUCAUGGAAUGCUUCUUGCCCAGCAUUUUUUUUUAAACACUUGAAUUAUUUUUUCGUACUUUUCUUGUACUGUUUUCACAUUAAAAGUGUCCCAAUGCUCUAGUAUUUUUCAUAGAAUGUUAUUAUUACUAGGAAAUUUUAUGUACGGCAAUAAUAAAUCUAUAAAAAUCAGA